AUGGGAAGUUCGAGUAACAUGGGAAGCCCCUCCGGAAAAUCGGGCAGCCUGAGCGGUCCUAGCAGUUCUAUGGGCAACUCAGGAACUAUGGGAAACACAAUGGGAAGCUCAAGUAACAUGGGAAGCUCAAGUAACAUGGGAAGCCUAUUUGGAAAUUCCGGCAGUCUGACUGGCCCUGGUAGUUCCAUGGAAAGUUCAAUGGGGAGUCCAUACGGCAGCUCAGGAAGCCCGUAUGGAAGCUCAGGGAGUUCGACUAGCCCUUCUAGUCCUAUGGGAAGCUCAUAUGGUAGUCCUUAUGGAAGCUCGGGUAGUCUCACUGGCUCGGACAGUCCAGUGGGGAGCUUGAUGGGAAGUCUGUUUGGUAGCUCAAGUGGCAUGGGGAGUUCAUAUGGGAACGAAGACAGUAUGAGCGGCCAGGGAAGUUCGAUGGAAAGUCCACCGAGUGUGAUUGAUUCGGGGAGCUCAGAUACCAUGAGUGGCAUGGGAAGCUCGGAUAGCUAUGGAAAUAUGGGUAGCACAUAUGGCUAUGAUGACAUGGGAAGCUCAGACAGCUAUGGUGGCAUGGGGUACUAA